AGUCAUCACAUGUGCGCUUCGCGUCAAGCAAUUUUGUGGUAAGCGCCCAUAACAUCACAUAUGGAAUUGUUGGGGGACCGUUUGUUCGCGUAUGCGUGAUGCCUCGUGGCUCACAGCUGCACCUAAUCUCUAUUUUCGACUGUAGCAUGGGUAACUCAUGCUAAUUGCGCCCUUAGGCUAGAGAGCAGACCUUGGGCCUGCCAGCACUACCCUUCGAUGCUUUCGGACUCUGCUAAUGCAACGCCCGAGCGGGCUGUCUUUGGGCCGUUUCUGCGGGUGUUACGACUGAUAUUAAACCUGGGCAACGCUCGACAUGCUCUACGACGUAUUUUGACAUCUAUUUGGCUGUAUUCCAAACGUUGCUAUGCUGCUGCGAAGCGUAGAACUGGUCGGCGGAAACCAGAUUCAGACAAUGCAGGAACUGGCGCUACUACGCGGAACCGAAACCUCGUCUCUCCAGAGAGCAAGUCAGAUACCGUGUACUCCAGUAACGACGCAGGUCCUUACUUGGUCGUUUCAAACGACCAGCACCAGGGACCUCGCAAUCUUCCUUCUAAUUACGGUCCGGGACUGCCUGCUCCAAACCACACUGGAAGCAGAUCCUCGCCCGCACUCCACUUGGGAUCACACAAUCACCAUGACCAGUUCACGAUCUCCGUUCAGACUGCGUCUAGCUCUCGUCUCUCAGUACCAUAUUCCGUGCAGGAUCGCGAGGACAGAGCUUCGACUACUGGACGCAGGAGUCUCCUUCGAGCGUCAGGCUCUCGCUCUUCCUCUCGAGCAUCCUCUCGUGCAUCCUCUCGUGCUAGCGCGCAUCCGUUUUCACGUGCUGCAAUGCCUCCUCCUAAAGGCUCCUCCAGGAGUAGACCUGAGACACGCUCGCACUCCAAUCGAUCACGAAUGUCAGUUGUGUCGGCUGAUCCUCCGCCCAGCAUGCAUUCGUCAACGAAGAAUGGCUUGCCAGUGGAGCUCGCGGAGCCCUCGAGGGAUAUACCGUAUGCACCAUCCAUUCAGCUUGAAAGUCCUUCGAGAACGCCGACGUUUCCAAUCCUUCAAACACGUAGAUAUGAACGAAACGACACACUGACGGCAUAUGACACCGACUGGACCGUGUCUGCCAUGGAAAUAUCCUAUCAACUUAAGGGAAAACCCGAAGGUUGGCUGGCGCUGACACAUCCAGAAGGACAAUUGUAUUUCUUUAACGGCCAAAGAAGAAUAUACACAGAUGCAUACAUCUGUGAGCCGGCCAUCUUCUCACAGAUCGAAGCAUUUGCAGCUUUGUUAGACGAAAUACGACGCGAGGAGAAGAUCGAAAUACCUCAAGACGCGGAUCUAGUCCUGGAACUUGAAAAAAGUGCGAAUCAUCCGGGGAGAAUAAACUGGUGCUACUAUUAUGCCGAUCACACGUCGCGCACCCUUUUUUGGUUACAAGAAUACAAAGUGACGGACGACCUCGAUGAAAUGAAGGGAAUUGCUUCUGAGACGCACAUCAAGCUGGCCCUGGAAGAGUUCUACUGGUUACACUGGGAUACAUUUCCCUACAAUCACGAGCCAACUGAUGACUUACGCAAGGGGAUUAUGGGUAUGCUUACGCAUGCCACUCUUGACCAGAUCACAUCGAGGCAGUCGACUUACCUAUACUCCGCUGAUGAGCUUCACAAAAUGCUAACCUUUGUCAAGGGCGCAAAAGAUUUUCCAGAUAGCCAGCAUGCUACUUGUGUCAUAGGUCGUCUGAUGCACAUUUUCGCCCACCACAGGUUCCUCAACUAUUAUGGGCAGCGAGUGUCUCGAUUGCGCUGGAAUCAAAGUCUGUUUGGAGAUCAAGCUCCCAGAUCUCCUCUUAUCACAGUCCUUUCUCCCCUCCUUUUCAAUGCUCCGGAAGCCCAUCUCACUGCUCUGGAGAGAAUUUGGACAGACCGGAUCAUAAACCAUGUUCCGUGGUCAGCAUUUAUCAACAAGCUUCAGGCCGAGUGGCAGGAAUACAUCCUCUUCUCCACGGUGAUGUUGAACGCCAACAUCUCGUUCAUGACCAUCAAUGAUGUCGAUCCUGGCUCGGGACCGCGGACCUCUGCUCAGGUUACGAGCUUCGUAUCGACCAUAGCAAGCAUUGGAAGUAUUCUCGUUGGGCUGUUGCUUGUCAGGCGAUAUCGGCUCAAGCCAAUCGAUACCGCUGCGGAUGCUGCGAAUUAUUUGAAUAGCAGGACACAUCCAAAGUUGGGCUUGGAGACACUGGCCAUCAUAUACAGCCUCCCUUAUGCUCUGCUGAUGUGGGGAAUGGUAUCUUUCCUGGUUGCCUUUGCUUUCGAAUGCUUCGUCGAACAUGACAACAAAUCGACAAUUGUGUCUGCGGUCGCCUGGGGCCUCGUCGGCACGUUCAUCAUGUGGAGCAUCUACACCAUUUGGGAUGGCGUUAAUAUGGCCAUUGUUGGGGCUUUGACGUCGUUUCGCUCUCACAUCCACAAGAAACUACAGAUCUUGCCGUAUUGCCGUGAAAACACGCCUUAUUCCGACAAUCCCUGAUUUCUUACGUUCCAACAGUAUCAGUAGCCAUUGAAUCGAAUGAACGCUGCCAGGAUGCGCGCAGACGGCUAUUUACGACUUUCACAUCAGGGAUGGAGACAAUUCACACAGGAUUUAACAGGAUUACGACACCAUAUAUCCCCGAUGUGGAUUAGCAUGGAUCAUAGCUAUUGACUCGGAGAUUGUUCAGUCACUAUACUUCUCAUGUCUUCUGACGUCUUCCGCGAUGUAGACCGAUAUAUCGUCUUGAUGUUACUUGCAAGCUCUAGAAAGACCAUUCGCAACAUCGAG